AAGACUGGGAAACCUCAUCCCACAGAUAGAGGGUGCUGCGAUGUUGCGAAUUAGAGCUCCCUUCCCCAGACCCCGCUUUGGGUGCAAUUGGAGGAGGGUGUGCACAGGAAGAAAAAGCGAAAGAUUAAAAAGAGAAGGGAAGAGAGAAGAAAACCAGACACGAACUAGAGAGAGAAGAUCAUAACUCCAAAGUCCAAUUCAUGAAAGUUUGCAGAAAGGAAGAACUGCUUUUUCCAGAUGUGGUACCUUAUCUUCUUCUGUCUCCCUGCCUGGGCUGAUGCGGCCUCCAUGUAUGGAGAGAUCUUGUCGCCCAAUUAUCCUCAGCUGUAUCCCAAUGACGUGAACAAAUCUUGGGAAAUCCAAGUCCCUUCGGGAUAUGGUAUUCACCUUUAUUUCACACACCUGGAUCUGGAACCAUCACAGAACUGCGAAUACGACUUUGUGAAGAUCCUGUCUGGUGACCAUGUUGAAGGCGUGCUUUGCGGGCAGAAGAAGCCUCGUGCCCCCGGCUCCUCCAUUGUGGAGGAAUUUCACGUCCCUUACAACACCCUCACUAUGAGCUUCCAAUCAGACUUUUCCAAUGAGGAGCGUUUCACUGGCUUUGCAGCCUACUAUGUUGCAGUAGACUUGGAUGAGUGCACAGAUUUUGUGGAGGAGCCUUGCAGUCAUUACUGUAAUAAUUACAUUGGAGGUUACUUCUGUACCUGUCCACCAGAUUAUUUCCUCUAUGAGGAUAACAGAACUUGUGGAGUAAACUGCAGUGGAAAUGUCUUCACUGAGCCCUCAGGGGAGAUUGCCAGCCCCAACUAUCCCAACCAGUACCCAGAGAAUUCACGGUGUGAGUACCGAGUGGCUCUGCGUCCGGGCUACUUUGUGGUGCUGACCAUACGCAGUGGAGACUUCGAUGUGGAACCAGCUGAUUCAAAUGGGACUUGCCUCGACAGCUUAACACUUGUCUCCGGAAAACAGCAUUUUGGUCCCUAUUGUGGCAGCAAAUUCCCAGGCCCUCCUGAAAUCAGAACUAGGAAUAACAUUCUUGACAUAAUCUUCCAGACAGACCAUGCUGUACAGCACAAAGGCUGGAAAAUACGCUACUAUGGGGAUCCUGUAACCUGUCCCCCAAGUGUAAUCCCCAACUCUGUUCUUGACCCAAAGAAGGACAAGUAUAUCUUAAAUGACAAUGUGAAGGUGACCUGUGUGGAAGGCUAUGAAAUUGUGAGGCAACGAGAUAGCAUCACGAGUUUUCACUCCAGCUGUCGGGACAAUGGUGAAUGGAGCAACUCCCACUUGAGCUGUGUUCCUGUGAACUGUGGUGAUCCCCCUCCUGUUGACAAUGCCCAAGCCUUGUAUGUCUCUGAACUCCAUGAGCCUCUCUACAAAGCUGCUGUCCGGUAUCAGUGUGAUGCACCUUACUAUACCCUAGAAAACAAAGGGCAUGUGGUGUAUCAGUGCUCAGCCAGUGGAGAAUGGGUCAAUGAAGAGAUGGGAACAAAGCUACCCAAAUGUGCCCCAGUCUGUGGGAUACCUAGUAAUCCCAUCCAAGACAAAGCAAGGAUUUUUGGAGGCACCCGUGCAGAAAAGGGCAACUUUCCCUGGCAGGUGUAUUUUGAUGACCCAAGAGCAAGCGGUGUACUCAUCUCUGACAGAUGGGUAAUGACGGCAGCUCAUGUGCUGGAGGGAUAUGAAAAUCCCACCAUGUAUGCUGGGGUAGUCGAUGUUAGUAAAGAAUCUCUGGACUAUGAUGCUGAACAUCUGAUCCCAGAAGCUUCAUUCAUCCAUCCUGAUUGGAAGGAGGAGCCUGUAGAAACCAGGAUCGAUUUUGAUAAUGAUAUUGCACUAGUGAAGCUGAGGGAUCCUGUGAAGAUGGGUCCAAACAUUUCACCCCUCUGUCUUCCUGGUAAAUCACCUGAAUAUGAGCUGCAAGAAGGGACUCUGGGCUACAUUGCUGGAUGGGGCCGGAGAGAGAGAGGAAAACUACCUAAGGAUCUUUGGAAGGCCCAGAUUCCCGUGGUGAACAUGGACAGCUGCCGAUCUGUGAAACCAGAGGGCUACGAUGAUUCUGUUGUUUACCUGUUCACUGACAAUAUGAUCUGUGCUGGUGGGGGCAAGGACAGCUGUCAAGGGGACAGUGGUGGAGCCUUUGCUAUCCAAGAUCCUCUUAAUGACACACGGUACUACGUCGCGGGGCUGAUCUCCUGGGGACCGAAAUGCGGUACCUUUGGUCUUUACACCAAGGUAGUGCGUUACCUGGACUGGAUUAGAGAGACCAUGAGCAAGCACGAGGAUGAAGAAGCUUGGCAGAAAUAGCUCUUUUUCAGCACAGUCACCCUUUUUAAGUAUGAUGGCUAUAUGUUUGGGCUGGCUGUGAUCCUGUUCACUCUGCAUAUAUGAUGGGAAUAGAUAACACAAUGUAACUCAUUGUGUCCAUGCUGAGUGGAGAGUCACAAAUACAUAUCUGUUUCUCCCACUGUCAUCAUGUCUGGGAAGGCAAACUCUCUUUCUACUCAUAAUAGUUUAAGAGCAAGAUGUUGUUCUCAAUGAAGAGCUUUCUUUCAUUUUAUUCUGUCCUAUUUUUUCCCACUUGGAGAAGACCUGGCCAUGGCUCACCUAACAGGGAGAUUUCAGUGAAGACAAGAAAGAAUAAUUGUUGGUUCCCAAGAUACAUUCAGAGCUUGGUUUCUGAUUUAUGUAUUCUCUGUACUGUUCAGAAUAUCUAACAGCAUUAAACAAUGUCCAAACUGCCUUUUGUGCAA